AUGGCCUUUCAGGAACUCCUGGAUCAAGUUGGGAACCUAGGGAGAUUCCAGAUCCUUCAGAUAGUUUUUCUUUUCCUCCUCAUUGCCAUUGUGACAACUCGUGCUGCAAUAGAGAACUUUACUGCAGCUGUUCCUAGUCAUAGAUGCUGGGUACACAUCCUUGACAAUAAUACUAUCUCUGAAAAUAACAGUAGUAGGAUCCUGAGCCAAGAUGACCUCCUGAAAAUCUCCAUCCCCUUGGACUCCAACCUGAGACUGGAUAAGUGUCACCGUUUUGCUCAACCACAGUGGCAUCUUCUUCAUUUGAAUGGCACUUUCUCCAAUGUGACAGAGGCAGAGACUGAACCCUGUGUGGAUGGCUGGGUGUAUAACAGGAGCAACUUCCUAUCCACCAUUGUGACUGAGUGGGACCUGGUGUGUGGAUCUCAGGCCCUUUAUUCUGUUGCUAAAUUUUUAUUCAUGAUUGGCAUAUUUAUAGGAAGUAUCAUAUAUGGCCAUCUGUCAGACAGGUUUGGGAGGAAGUUCAUUUUAACAUGUGCUUUAUUACAAUUGGCCAUCACUGAAACCUGUGUAGCUUUUGCUCCCACCUUCCUCAUCUACUGCUCACUUCGAUUCCUGGCAGGAAUGUCUGUGGAACCCAUACUAACAAAUAGUAACUUGCUGAUGUUAGAAUGGACAAGCCCUAAAUUCCUAGCCAUGAUGGCAAUGCUUUUAUCUUGUGCUGGUAGUUUUGGAAACAUGAUAUUGGCAGGAGUUGCUUUUUUAUUUCGAAACUGGCACCACCUCCAGCUGGCAAUGUCUGUACCAAUGUUCUUCUUCCUUAUACUCACAAGGUGGCUGUCAGAGUCAGCUCGGUGGCUGAUUGUGACCAACAAACCCCAGAAAGGCUUAAAGGAACUUAGAAAAGUUGCACACAUAAAUGGAAUGAAGAAUUCUGGAAACACCUUAACCAUGGAGGUUGUGAGAACAAGUAUGAAGAAGGAACUUGAGGCAGCAAAGACAAAACCUUCUCCAAGAGACUUGUUCCACACACCCAUCCUACGUAAGCGGAUAUGUCUCCUGUCCAUUGUGAAAUUUCUAUCACUGUUAGCAGGUUCUGGCCUGGGACUUCACCUCCAACACCUGGGUCCUAAUAUUAUCCUGUUGCAGUUUCUCUUUGGUGCAGUGGCCAUACCAGCCAGUUUUGUUGGUCAUUUUGUACUUAAUCACGUGGGUCGUAGAGUAGGCCAACAGGUUAUUCUGUCCUUGAGGGGAAUUUGUAUUCUGACUGCCAUAUUUGUGCCUGAAGAAAUACAGACUGUGCGUAUUAGUAUGGCAACAGUGGGAGGAGCAGUUUCUUAUCUAUGUUAUGCCCUUUAUCAACUACAUGCAAAUGAGCUACUUCCAACAUCAUUAAGGUCAACAGCUAUAGCAGCCAUUGGACUGACUAGUAAUAUGGGAUUAUUCCUGGCUCCCCUAUUUAUGAUGCUUGAGAUAUACUCUGCUUCCUUGCCCUGGAUCAUCUAUGGAAGCUGCUCCAUCCUCUCUGCUUUUAUUGUGUUUCUCCUUCCUGAAACCAAGGAUCAACCUCUUCCUGAGUCCAUCUAUGAUAUAAAAAAUGAUUGGAGAGACUAA